AUGUCAGUUUCAUUCUAUUCACCAUUUUUCACAAGAUUACCAAAUAACUGUUCAAGUGCAAAUCCAAACAAGAAUAAUAUUCUUUCAUUGUUUGAUGAAGAGUUUUGGAACAAUCAAGUCAACAAACAAUCAACACCAAAAGAAUGGUCACCAAAAUCAGAUUAUCAGUUGGAUGAAGAGAAUGUCAUUAUUCAAUUCGAAUUACCAGGUUUGAAGAAAGAUCAAAUCAAUAUUGACAUCAAAGAUUCAACUUUAACAAUCUCUGGUGAAAAGAAAGAAUCAUUCUAUGAAGUCGAACCAAGUUCACCAUUAUCAUCUUCAACAACUGACAUCUCAUCAAAUAAUGAAGAUACUCCAAGAAUUGAAGAAGAUGUUGAUGAAAACCAGAGCCCACAAUCAAAAGAAUCAACAAAAUCAAUCGCAACAGAAGAAUCGAAAAAGUCAACAACAGAUGAUGUCAAAUCAAAUUCAGAUUCCAAAGCAACAAAGAAGAGAUUGAUCAUAAAGAGAGAGAUUGUUUAUGGUAGAUUCAAGAGAAUAUUCCAACUUCCAAAAGAUAUUGAUUUAGAAUCAGCAUCAGCCAAACAUGAAGAUGGAAUUCUUACAUUUACAAUUAAAAGAGUUCAACCAGAACCUCUAAAAUCCACUAAAAUCCAAAUUCAAUAA